CAGGAAAUGAUCCACCCUAAAAUCUGACGUGGUUUCUGUUGUCUCUCUCUGAUGUUUUUGUCCAGGUGUACUGGGUCACUCCUCGGCACUAGGACCCAUCAGACCGAUUGGUCGGUAAUAUUUCGGCGCUAGGACCCUCCGGCUCCGUGAUCGUCUCUUUGUCUCCACCAGUCAGCGCCUCCUCCUCCUCCUCCUCCUCUCCGUCCUCUCCGUGGGCUCAUUCCGUGUCUCUCUCCAUCAGCAGCGGUCUGGAUGCUUGCAGGGACAGAAACAUGGCUGUGAAUCUCGGCAAGAACAGACUGGCCCUGCUGACCGCCUACCAGGACGUCAUUGACGAGACCUCGGACACCGACUGGGCCUUGUACACAUAUGAGGAUGACAGUAAUGACCUGACACUCUCAGCAUCAGGAGGAGGCGGCCUGGCAGAGAUCACACUGACCUUUGACAGCGGCAGGGUGAUGUACGGCUUCUGCAGCCUCAAGGAGCCCACCGCCGCUCUGCCACGAUACAUCCUCAUCAACUGGGUCGGGGAAGACGUGCCGGAUGCCAGGAAGUGCGCCUGUGCCAGCCACGUCGCCACCAUCGCAGACUUCUUCCAGGGGGUGGAGGUCACCAUCAACGCCAGCAGUCUGGAUGACAUCGACCCGUCAGCCAUCGGCCAGCGGCUGACCAACGGGACGGUGGCGGUGGCGAGUCCGGUCCUGAGCCGCCUGAGGACCCGGGACGAAGAGCACGGAGACGUGGGCACCGUGUACCAGAAGACCAACGCAGAGGUGGAGAUGAAGAAAAUCAAUAGAGAGGAAUUCUGGGAGCAGGCCAAGCGUGAGGAGGAGCUGAGGAAGGAGGAGGAGAAGAGGAAGGCGGCGGAGGAGCGGCAGCGCUUCGAGGACGAACGAAUGGAGCUGGAGAGGAAAGAGCAGGAGAACCGAGAGAAGAGGUACCGCGAGAGGGAGCAGCAGAUCGAGGAGCACAGUGUGUUGGUGUGUGAGAACAGGAAGAAGAUGCAGGAGGAGGAAGAGGCCAGAGAGAGGCUGCGGAACCAGGCGACCGUAGCAACAGAGCCGAGCAUCGAUGACCUCAGCCUGGACAAGAAGGAGUCUGAGGUGGAGGAGGCGAAGGCCAUCAUCGCUCAGCGGUCAGGAAACCCGCGGGAGUUCUUCAAGCAGAAGGAGAGAGCCAUGACCAUCAGUGUGGACACCUCGCCCGUCUCCAUCCACAGGACCGGGGACAAUGACGAUGAAGCGAGCACAGAGCGCAACAUGGCCGCCGUGUCACCCAUUCCUAAAAUAGUCACCACACCCAUCAAAGAGGACGUCGGCAGGGAGGAGGAGGACGGCAGAGACAAGUGGGAUUCGGUGCCAAAGCAGGAAGAGACACCGUUGGUCCAGGAGUCCACGUCCGCCAAGCCUGUGCAGAGCGUCGCCCCGCAGGCCCGCGACUCCUCCGACUUCUCGGUGUGGGAGUCUGGGACAGACAGCCUGGUCAACCUGUGGGACAGCAGCUCUGCUCCUCCCGCAAACCCUUCCCAGACCUCCCAGUCCUCCGAUCUGGUGGACCUGAUGGGUGACGCCAGUGUCCUUCACGAUGAUGCCCCGCCUAGCGCCGCCGCCACCAGCGGCCGACCUCAGCCCCUCCUCAGCUUCGAUGAGAUAAUGGACGGGACUUUCUGCUCGAGCACCGGCGCCGAGGACGACCCCUCCAGUCUGGUGGACGUGACAUGCCCUGACCAGAUGACCCUCAGCUACCAGCAUGCACUGCAGCAUGCGUCCGGGGAGGGGCAGGAGCUGGACGACGGACAGCUGCUGAUGACCAACGGGGAGACACUGCUGAAAGAAGGGACACAGGCGAGCGAGGGAUACUUCAGCCAAUCACAGGAGGAGGAAUUCGGCCAAUCAGAGGAGUCCUCGGCUAAACCAGCGCCGGUCUUUUAUAACAAGCCACCAGAGAUUGACAUCACGUGCUGGGACACGGACCCCGUGGUCGAUGAUGACGACGACUGACCGGCCAAUCAGGCGCCACCACAGGACCAAGAGGAAGUAGGAAGUGCGCUUCAUGAAGAAACAGAUUUUUUUUCUAAAAAAAAAAAAAAAAAAAAAAAACACAAACAAACAAAAAAAAGUAAUAAUAAUAACAAGUCUUGCAUCAAAACUACUUCUGUAUUAUCUUUUAGAGGAACAGAAAACGUAGCCACAGAAAAGAGACGGAGUUUGAGUUGCAGAUGGUUUGAAAGGCUCAGUUAUGGGUUUUUUCUGUGUGUUUGUUAUUUUAUUUAUUUGUUUUUCUUUUUUUUUUUUUUUUGCUAUGCAGAUGUAAUAGCUGGGAGCGGGGACUUUUGUUUGUGUACGAGAUUUAUUACACGUUAACGUAGCGUGCUGCUGCAUAUUAGAGACAAUGAAGUUCGGUGCGCGGCGGCGGCCGGCACAGCUAGUCUGUAGUGCUUUAAUAACACCCUAUAAAACUAAUACAGUGGAUCAUUACAGCUGCCAUGUAUAUCUUCACUCUCUUUCUUUUCUUACCUCUUUUUCACCUCCCUCCUUCCUUCUGCCUUCCUCCCAAAAUCUUCACCUCUGCAAGUCAGUUAAUCUUGUAUUUAGGCCUCAGUCAGUGGAAAAAAGGUGAAAUCUUUUAUUUAUUCUGGUGCAUCUGAACUUCUUCUAGCGACAGAGCGAGAAGAGGAAGUUCACUCUGUAGAUGAAAUUCCUUGAACACGUCAAAUUGUGGCUCCUUUUUGACCUUUUUCACCCCUUUUGUAUGAUUUUAAGACUGAAUUCAAGAUUAAAUGGCUUGUAAAUCUG